GCAAACCAUUUGCGAUGCGCAUGCGCGUAGGUGUGACAGCUUGCACGCGAGGAGAGCGCGGAGGAAUUCAAGCGGCGCACUAACUAACCUGAAAGCCGACUCACGCCUUCCGCGCCACUUCCGGUGUCUCCUCGCCGUCGUCCACCAUCCCGGUCCCCUCGCUCCCUCCCUGCGUCUCCGGCUGCGUGGGCAGGCUGCUGGAGGGGGAAAUGGUCGCGUCCUCGCCCAGGAACAUUCCCGUGACGCCGCCAUUGAUCUGAGCAGGAAAAUGGCCAUGCAGAACCUCAGCUGCCACUACAACGAGCCCAUGAGCUUCUUCUACAACAACAGCGGCGCCAACGACAAGUGGGACAAGACGCAGCUCAUUGUGGUCCAAGUGGUGGGUUCACUCUUCUGCUGCUUCAUCCUGGUCUCCAACGCCAUGGUCAUCGCCGCCGUGAUCACCAACAAAAAGUUCCACUUCCCCUUCUUCUAUCUCCUGGCCAACCUGGCCGCCGCCGACUUCCUGGCGGGCAUCGCGUACAUCUACCUGAUGUUCAACACGGGCGAGGUGUCGCGGAAGCUGACGGUGAAAGGCUACUUCAUCCGCCAAGGUCUGCUGGACAUCAGCCUGUCCGCCUCGCUGGCCAACCUGCUGGUCAUCGCGCUGGAGCGCUACAUCUCCAUCAUGAACUUCAAAGUCCACAGCAACCUGACCAAGAGGAGGGUGACCCUGCUCAUGGUCCUGGUCUGGGCCAUCUCCAUCCUGAUGGGGGCCGUGCCCAGUCUGGGCUGGAACUGCAUCUGCAACCUGAGCGACUGCUCCCGGCUGGCGCCCCUGUUCAGCAAGAGCUACCUGGUCUUCUGGUCCGUGUCCAACCUGGUGGUCUUCCUGGUGAUGGUGGUCAUCUACAUGAGGAUCUACACCUACGUCAAGAUGAGGACGUCCGUGCUCACGCCGCACACCCGGGGCUCCGUCAGCCGCAAGAGGACGCCCAUCAAGCUCAUCAAAACCGUCAUGGUGGUGCUCGGAGCCUUUGUGGUCUGCUGGACCCCCGGCCUGGUGGUCCUGCUGCUGGACGGCCUGAACUGCACCAGCUGCAAGGUGAUGAAACUGAAGCGCUGGCUGCUGCUCCUGGCCGUUGCCAACUCCGUCAUGAACCCCUGCAUCUACUCCUACAAGGACGAGGAGAUGUGGACCACCUUCAAGAACCUCCUGCGCUGCAUCGGCCACGGCACGCGGCGCCAGCGCUCCACGCGGGCCAACACCCGGCCCUUAAGCUCCGCCCUGGACACGGCCGGCAGCCAGCUUCCGUCCGAGGAAAUCAAGAACGAGGACGAGGAUGUCUUUCGGACCUGAGAACGGAAUCGGUGCUCUUGGAAGAACGUGGGGUCCGCCUAGAAAGCGGACGUGAUGAUCCUCUUGUGGUCCGGAGUCCACCCUGAGAGAAACCUUGCCUUGGCCCUCACAGAACCUCUGGGUCAGGUCCUACUGAGAGGACACCCAGUUGCCAGUCGGCCGGCGAGAAUAUCAGCGUUUUCUCUUGCUGCGAUCGCAUCCUUUUCAAAACGCAACUUGGUUUUUUUUCCAGCUGGAGACAAAUGUAAUUCAUCUCUCAAAAACUCUAUUGGAGCAUCUUCACUGCAUCACCAAUGCAGCCUCACUGUAUCAUCACUGCAUCUUCACUGCAUCCUCACUGCAUCCUCACUGUAUCA